CCGCCAUCGAGCUGCCGCUGCUGACGCGGCUGGCGGCGCCGGCGGUGGUGAUGUACAUGAUCAACUACCUCAUGUCCAUGUCGACGCAGAUCUUCUCGGGCCACCUCGGCAACCUGGAGCUCGCCGCCGCCUCGCUCGGCAACACCGGCGUGCAGAUGUUCGCCUACGGACUCAUGCUGGGCAUGGGCAGCGCGGUGGAGACGCUGUGCGGGCAGGCGUACGGCGCCCACAAGUACGAGAUGCUGGGCAUCUACCUGCAGCGGUCGGCCGUGCUGCUGUGCGCGACGGGCGUGCCGCUGGCCGUGAUCUACGGCUUCUCGGAGCCGAUCCUGGUGUUCCUGGGGCAGUCGCCGGAGAUCGCCCGCGCGGCGGCCAUCUUCGUGUACGGCCUGAUCCCGCAGAUCUUCGCGUACGCCAUCAACUUCCCGAUCCAGAAGUUCAUGCAGGCGCAGAGCAUCGUGCUCCCGAGCGCGUACAUCUCCACCGCGUCGCUGGCGCUGCACCUGCUGCUGAGCUGGGUGGUGGUCUACAAGGUGGGGCUGGGCCUGCUGGGGGCCUCCCUGGUGCUGAGCCUCAGCUGGUGGCUCCUCGUCGCGGCGCAGUUCGCGUACAUCGUGAUGAGCCCCAGGUGCCGCCACACCUGGACCGGCUUCACCUGGCAGGCCUUCUCGGGCCUCUGGGACUUCCUCAAGCUCUCCGCCGCGUCCGCCGUCAUGCUCUGCCUCGAGACCUGGUACUAUCAGGUCCUGGUGCUCAUCGCCGGCUUGCUCCCCAACCCUGAACUUGCAUUGGACGCGCUGUCUGUAUGCAUGACUGUUAAUGGGUGGGUGUUCAUGAUCGCAGUAGGGUUCAACGCCGCUGCCAGCGUGAGAGUGAGCAAUGAGCUCGGCGCCGGCCACCCCAAGUCCGCGUAUUUCUCGGUGUGGGUAGUGACCGCGCUGUCGACGCUCAUAUCUAUCAUGCUCGGCGUUCUGGUCCUCUGCCUGCGCAACUACAUCAGCUACUUGUUCACGGAGGGCGAGGUGGUGUCCAACGCGGUGGCCGAUCUCUGCCCGCUGCUUGCCGUCACGCUCGUUCUCAACGGCAUCCAGCCUGUGCUGUCAGGUGUCGCCGUUGGGUGCGGGUGGCAGCAGUUCGUGGCCUACGUGAACAUUGGCUGCUACUACAUAGUCGGCGUCCCCCUCGGCGCCGUGCUCGGGUUCGUCUUCAAGCUCGGUGUGAAGGGCAUUUGGGCUGGGAUGAUCGGAGGGACCUGCAUGCAGACGGCUAUUCUAGUGUGGGUCACCUUGAGAACUGACUGGAACAAGGAGGUAGAGGAAGCACAGAAUAGGUUGCACAAGUGGGAGGCUAACAAGACGACGGAGCCCCUUCUUGCGGGGGUCAGCAAUGACAAAUAAAUAACGUAACUGCGCGCGGAUGAUCGAUCGAUCCACAAUAUCAAUCAAUCUCCGGCCUUCACCAGUACUAGUUCCCUUCAUGCAUAAUGUUGGGAACUGGCGUCUUUAGAUUUUCUGUGCAGUAAAUUAAAUGAACCACGGUAACGUCAAUGUAAACGAAUCACGCAUGUUUGGUU